GAAGCUUUUGAAAUUAGCAAGACCGAGAUGCAGCCAACACACCCCAUUCGACUUGGAUUGGCUCUAAACUUCUCAGUGUUUUAUUAUGACAUUCUCAAUUCCCCCGAGAAAGCAUGCAGUCUAGCAAAAGCAGCAUUUGAUGAAGCAAUAGCUGAGCUGGACACACUGAAUGAGGAGUCUUACAAAGACAGCACUCUUAUCAUGCAGCUACUAAGGGGCAAUCUUACAUUAUGGACCUCAGAAAACCAGGGAGAAGAGGCUGAUAAUGUAGAGGGAGACAACUAA